GUCAUGCGUACUGCUCCUUGCCCGUACAGUCAUGGCGCCACUGAGCCGCUGGUAUUUCACCCGGGAGCAACUAGAACGGAGUCCGUCCCGGCGAGCUGGACUGGAUGCCGAUAAGGAGCUCUCGUAUCGGCAGCAGGCGGCAAACCUCCUGCAAGAUAUGGGCCAGCGGCUCAACGUAUCACAGCUGACCAUCAAUACAGCUAUUGUAUACAUGCAUCGUUUCUAUAUGGUUCAAUCCUUCACUCGAUUUCACCGUAACUCUGUGGCACCAGCUGCACUUUUUUUGGCAGCAAAGGUGGAAGAGCAGCCUCGGAAGUUGGAGCAUGUAAUCAGGGUGGCACAUGCAUGUCUGAAUCCACUAGAACCUGCACCUGAUACCCGAAGUGAGGCAUACCUGCAACAAGCCCAAGACUUGGUCAUUCUUGAGAGCAUUAUACUGCAGACCCUGGGCUUUGAAAUUACAAUUGAUCAUCCACACACACAUGUUGUAAAGUGUACCCAGCUUGUAAGAGCAAGCAAGGACUUGGCACAGACAUCAUACUUUAUGGCAACAAACAGCUUACAUUUGACCACUUUCAGCCUCCAAUACACUCCACCUGUGGUGGCUUGUGUCUGUAUUCACCUGGCAUGUAAGUGGUCUAAUUGGGAGAUCCCUGUAUCGACCGAUGGGAAGCCUUGGUGGGAGUAUGUUGAUGUGACAGUCGAUUUAAAGCUGCUGGAUGAGUUAACCCAUGAAUUUCUUCAAAUCUUAGAGAAAACUCCUAAUCGCCUGAAACGAAUCAGAAAUUGGAGGAUUAGUCAAGCAACCAAGAAACCUAAAGAAGAAGAAUGUGAAGAAGAGUCAGAUAAUAUCUUUUGUGAACAGACACUUCUUCAAAUGUUCUCUCAAAGUGGAAUGCUAAAUUCUGCUUCCCUUUCUGAUUCAUCAUCUCAGACACUUUCAGUUACAGAAAAUGAUGGGGGAAUGUCUGAAGGGCAGUGGGGGUGCCAGCUACAGAGCGAGAGGGAUCAACAUAGAACUGGUGAGCAUGUAACAUCUACAGAACAGUCCCAAGCACUUGGUUCCAAACCAGUGCCCCUCGCUAAAAUGUCUCUGAAAGAGUACCGAGCAAAGCAUGCAGAUGAAUUGGCAGCACAAAAACGCCAGUUGGAGCAAUUGGGUACCAGCCUAAAAGAGCAAUAUGCUUGUGCUGCUCAGAAUCUGUUACAGCAGCAGAAAGAACGUGAGAAAGAGGCCCAUGCCUCCCCUAUUAUACUGAAGAUUCCAUUGCAUGAAGUAAGUCACAAACGCUCUGAGAAAUCUUCCAGUCUCAAGCUUCGUAUUCCUGUCACUAACCGGGAAAAGUCAGAGGAGGGAAAGGUACGAAUUAAGUUGCCAAAUGAGGACAGCAGCAAGAGUAGAGAUAAGCACAGAAGUAGUUAUUCAUCUUCACAUCACAAUAACCAGUCACAUCGUCAGCACCACCAAGAACCUUCCGGAAGUAACGGCAGCAAACGUUCUCUACCUCCCCCGGUAGUUUCAACACACAAAUCUUCAUCAAGUUCCCGAAAACGUCCUGCCACAGAGGAAGCCACAGGACACGAACCCCCUUCUCACAAAGUCAGUAGGACCUCCAAACCUUCUUCACAGGAACCUGCUGUUCCACUCUUGUUAAACAGAGUGAGGGGGACCCAUAGCAAAACAGAAAGGGAAUCUUCUGGAACCAAUGGUCACAGCAUAACUAAAGUAAUUGAUUAUCAGGACACCGUGAACAUGUUACAUUCACUUCUUAGUGCACAGGGAGUACAGCCCAUGCAGCCCCCUCAAUAUUUGAAUCAGUUUGGGGAGUUUCGCAGGACACGGCCUGGUAACACUGAUGAUUCCAGGCGUCCCCCACUUCCAGCUGAGCCGCCUCCCCCUCUUCCACCACUGCCAAAGUGAUAUAAGUUUUAAACCUAUGGGUUAAUGUCUAGAAAGGUGAAUUUAUUUCUAUAUUGUCUAAAUAAUCCUAACCAGCACACUCUA